AUGAAGUAUUACAGUAAGUCCUUAGACAUUUUGAUGAAAUCACCAGUCACGGAUGAAAUGAUCCAAUAUUUGACAAAAGUGACAUUAAAGGUCUUACCAAAUAACAAGUACAACAAUACCGUCUCACAACACCACUACCCAUCUCCACCAAGUAGUCCCAAUGAACUUAAAACUUUCCAACAACAACAAAGGUUACCAUCUCUUAGAACCUUCAUCACUCGCUUAGUUAGAUACACUAAUGUUUACACACAGACACUAUUGACUACAGCCUGCUACUUAAACAAAUUGAAACGCAUCUUGCCUCGUGAUGCAAAGGGUUUGCCAUCCACGGUUCAUAGACUAUUUUUGGCUUGUUUGAUACUGAGUGCCAAAUUCCACAAUGAUUCUUCACCACUAAAUAAGCACUGGGCAAAAUACACUGACGGUUUAUUUUCAUGUGAUGAUAUCAAUUUGAUGGAAAGACAACUGCUAAAUCUAUUGAACUGGGAUUUGCGUGUCACUGAAGAUGAUUUGAUUCUUGAUUUGCAAUUUUUAUUAGAACCUAUCAGAGAACAUAUCAUGAAAACAGAGAUUCAAAUCAAAAAGAGAACGCAAAGACAAGCAUUACAACAACAACAACAACAACAUAAAGUAUACCAAGCUACUCGUGUUCCUAUAAGUACAACACCUGUACAUUACAACAAUAUCUCUAUAUAUAGUAGUAAUAACAAGCUACACGAAAGGGAUUGUUCAAUAGCAUCUAAUAUGAGUUCUGCGACAUUAGUAAGUAGCAGCAGAUCCAGCAGCAGGUGUGGGUCUGAAAUUGAUUUGAAUAAAAGGAUAAUAACGCCAAUUCCAUGCAAACUAGUUCCAGAUAAUAAUAUGACAUAUUCUACUAGCACACCAUACAUACAGCACCUAUAA